CUUUUCCUCUCUCUUGGUAUAUGCAGCAGUUAAGACUUGGCUGGCAUGAGUUCAGAUUUAUUUCAAGAUUUUCCACUAGGAAUAUCUCCAUGCGUUCCUAUUGAUACUUGGACUUGGAAUAGGGCAGUCACUCUUUCUUGGUUUCUGCUGUUUGGUUUUUUCUCUAGUUGUUAUCUAUAAGAAAUUAUUGUUUUGAACUCUUAGUUGUUACUGCUGCGCAUUGUCACUGGUACUGCUGGGGGAAAAUAAGGAACCCACUGUUGUCAUGGCAAAUUAUAUUGAGACCAGUAAGCUGACAGUAAGAGUGCUUCGUCCACCAGGGGGUGGUAGCAGCAACAUACUGAAUCCUGAGCCAGAAGAGCAUGCAAACCGCAAAGUGAAGAACUAUAACAGGUCUGACAUCUUCAACCAGUGUGCGGAUGAUAAGCCUGCUACAGUGGUUGUCAAGGACUACAAUAAGUCCGACGUUUUAAACCAGUCUGGUGCUGGCGGUGACGCCCAAAAACCUAGUACUGCUCAGAGGAAAGAGGAAGGCGACAGUGAUGAGGAGGCUGAGGAGGCAUCCAAAACUGCCCCUCCUCCCGUAGAGGCCCCUGUAAGGGUCAAGGGACCCCAGCAUGUGACUGGUUAUAACAUCAUAAACAACAUUGCCAAUGCUGGACACGAGAACGAUGAAUUUGAUUCUCCCAUCAGGGGUCGCAAACGUUUUACAGACACAAAGAGAGGAGAAGAAGGAAUCAAUCCUAUCACUGGAAUGGUCAUUGGGGCUCCACAGACAACGGAGAGGCCAUCCACUAAAGUACAUCAUCCACCAGGUGGCAAGUCAACUGCUUUGUGGUAGAGGGCCAAGAAGAGCCAGAGUCUCAGUCUCUUGGAAGAAUGGAAUACACAUAGGACUCAUGAAAAUUGAAACUCAUUGUCUGUUAAUAUAUAUAUAUAUAAUAUGGGACUAAAACACUAUGCAUUAUUCUUCUGUUGAACUUGAAUACAAGACAGACAUGUCUUAUGAAUGAUUUACAAUAUCUUA